UCCCUGGUGAAGCGCUGCAGUUUGAUUCGUCAUCAAACACAAGCAGCAGAAGAAGCGGCGUCAGUGGCGCUUUCAGGGGUCUGGAACUGCAGCUUUCCAAUUUAAUAAACAACAACAGAGCUCACAUUGAAUUCUGAAAGGGGACAGUUGAAAAGAAUAAGUCGACCUGCUCCCUCUGAACACGGCCUGAAAAGGCAGAAAACAAUUCCUGAAAGCAGAGAAGAGAUGAGGACCCUGUGAAAGGACAAAUAUGGAACAGCAAGACCCAGCUACUCCUGAAGCAGAACUUGGCCCUGAUGCCAUCAAGACUGAGACCCAUGCGGAGGAAUUCCUGGGGGGAAACGUGCAGAAGAUCUUGGGGGAGAAUCCCCUCAGCUCAGAUGUGCUUCGCCAGCAGUUCCGGCGUUUCCGCUACCAGGAGGCUGUGGGCCCCCGAGAGGCUUGCAGCCGACUCCACCUUCUUUGCCGUGAGUGGCUGAAGCCAGAGCGACACUCAAAGAACCAGAUCCUGGACCUGGUGAUCCUGGAGCAGUUCCUGGCUCUCCUGCCCCCAGAGAUGGAGAGCUGGGUGAGGGAAUGUGGGGCCGAGAGGAGUUCCCAGGCGGUGGCCCUGGCAGAAGGUUUCGUCCUGAGCUGGGCAGAGGACGAGAAGCAGGAAGAGCAGCAGGAAAAGUCUGUCUAUGCAGAAAUAGGAACUGAUUUCCCUGAGGCAGAAAGGACUCCAUCGGACACCAGGCAGAGGCUGCUGGGUAAUGAAAUGAUGUCAGCAAAACCUACUAAACCAUCUCCCCUCUCUGGUGGAGGAGAAGCUGUUGCUAUCACCCCAGAUCAGGAUGCAGUGUCUUUGGAGGAUGUGGCUGUGCAUUUCACGGAAGAGGAGUGGGCUUUGCUGAAUCCUGACCAGAGAGCUCUGCAUAGCGAAGUCAUGGGGGGGAUUUCUGGGACUCUGUCCUAUCUUGAAGAAGAUGAGUGGAAAGACAAGAGGAAGGGAGAACUAUAUGGAAAAGAGUUAUGGGAAAGAGGCAGAUCUGAAAACAGGGAAGAAGAGAAAAGGAGGAAUAAGUCUUGCACUUCUCAGGGCAGUGGCUAUAAUAAAAUUGCCAGCCAGGAGAAAACAGAUCAAAGAAGCAAAAGAAGUAAAUAUUUUGGAUGUUGGAAAAGUCUCAAUUCUAACAGAAAAUUGAAAACCCAUGACAAAAACCAGAAAGGGAAGAAACCAAAUACAUGCCUGGAAUGUGGAAAGAGCUUCAGCUGGAAACACCGACUUACUUCCCAUGAAAGAAUUCACGCCGGGGAGAAACCAUAUAAAUGCCUGGAAUGUGGAAAGGGCUUCCAUCAGAAUAAACAUCUGAAUUUCCAUCAAAGAAUUCACACUGGGGAGAAAGCAUAUAAAUGCUUGGAAUGUGGAAAAAGCUUCAGGUGCAAGAGCAUUCUCACUUCCCAUCAAAGUAUUCACACCGGAGAGAAACCACAUAAGUGCUUAAAAUGUAGAAAGACCUUCAGUUGUAAACACAAACUCACUUGCCAUCAAAGAAUUCACACCGGAGAGAAACCAUAUAAGUGCUUAGAAUGUGGAAAGAGCUUCAGAAUGAAAACCCAACUCACUUCCCAUCAAAGAAUCCACAUUGGGGAGAAACAAUAUAAUUGCUUGGAAUGUGAAAAGAGCUUCAGGUGGUAUUACCAACUCACUUCCCAUCAAAGACUUCACACUGGGGAGAAGCUAUAUAAGUGCUUAGAAUGUGGAAAGAGCUUCAGAUGGAAUUACCAACUCACUUCCCAUCAAAGAAUUCACACUGGGGAGAAACCAUAUAAGUGCUUAGAAUGUGAAAAGAGCUUCAGGUGGAAUUCCCAACUCACUUCCCAUCAAAGUAUUCACCCCGGGGAGAAACCAUAUAAGUGCUUAGAAUGUGGAAAGAGCUUCAGUUGGAAAAACCAACUCACUGUCCAUCAAAGAAUUCACACUGGGGAGAAACCAUAUAAGUGCUUAGAAUGUGGAAAAAGCUUCAGAAGGAAAAACAAACUCACUUCCCAUCAAAGAAUUCACACUGGGGAGAAACCAUAUAAAUGCCUGGAAUGUGGAAAGAGCUUCAGCUGGAAACACCGACUCACUUCCCAUGAAAGAAUUCACACUGGGGAGAAACCAUAUAAAUGCUUAGAAUGUGGAAAAAGCUUCAGGUGCAAGAGCAAUCUCACUUCCCAUCAAAUAAUUCACACCGGGGAGAAACCACAUAAAUGCCUGGAAUGUGGAAAGGGCUUCCAUCAGAAGAAACAUUUGAAUUCCCAUCGAAGAAUUCACACUGUGGAGAAACCAUAUAAAUGCAUCGAAUGUGGAAAAAGCUUCAGGCGCAAGAGCAAUCUCACUUGCCAUCAAAGAAUUCACACUGGGGAGAAACCAUAUAAAUGCCUAGAAUGUGGAAAGGGCUUCCAUCAGAAGAAUCAUCUGAAUUCCCAUCAAAAAAUUCACACUGGGGAGAAACCAUAUCAAUAUUUAGAACGUGGAAAAAGUUUCAGGUGCAAGAGCAAUCUCGCUUCCCAUCAAAGUAUUCACACUGGGGAGAAACCAUAUAAAUGCCUGGAAUGUGGAAAGGGUUUCUGUCAGAAGAAUCAUCUGAAUUCCCAUCAACAAAUUCACACUGGGGAGAAACCGUAUAAAUGCUUGGAAUGUGGAAAGGCCUUCAGUAGAAAUUCCUCUCUCACUUUUCAUCAAAGAAUUCACACUGGGGUGAAACCAUAUAAGUGCUUAGAAUGUGGAAAAAGCUUUAGGGGGAAACACCAUCUCACUUCCCAUCAAAGAAUUCACACUGGGGAGAAACCAUAUAAGUGCUUAGAAUGUGGAAAGAGCUUCAGCUGGCCAGACAAACUCACUUCCCAUCAAAUAACUCACACUGGGGAGAAACCAUAUAAAUGCGUGGAAUGUGGCAAAGGCUUCACUAGAAAUUACUCUCUCACUUUGCAUCAAAGAAUUCACACUGGGGAGAAACCAUAGAACUGCUUGGAAUGUGUAAAGCUCUUCAGGAGUUUGUUGUUAUGUGCCUUCAAGUCAAUUACGACUUAUGGCAGCCCAAAGAAUCAGUGACCUCCAAGAGCAUCUGUCAUGAACCACCCUGUUCAGACCUUGUAAGAUCAGGUCUGCAGCUUUCUUUAUGGAAUCAAUCCAUCUCAUUUGGCCUUCCUCUUUUUCUACUCCCUUCUGUUUUUCACAGCAUUAUCGUCUUUUCUAGUGAAUCAUGUCUUCUCACUAUGUGUCCAAAGUAUGAUAACCUCAGUUUCAUCAUCUUAGCUGCUAGUGACAGUUCUGGUUUAAUUUGUUCUAACACCCAAUUAUUGGUCUUUUUCGCAGUCCAUGGUAUCCGCAAAGCUCUCCUCCAACACCACAUUUCAAAUGAGUUGAUUUUUAUCUUAUCCACCUUUUUCACUGUCCAACUUUCACAUCCAUACAUAGAAUUCGGGAAUACCAUGGCCUGAAUGAUCCAGACUUUAGUGUUCAGUGAUACAUCUUUGCAUUUGAGGACCUUUUCUAGUUUUCUCAUAGCUACCUCCAGUCCUAGCCUUCUUUUGAUAUCUUGACUAUUGUCUCCAUUAUGGAUAAUGACUGUGCCGAGGUAUUCAUAAUCCUUGACAUGUUCUCUUGGUCCAAUCCCUCUUUCCGUGUGAUAUGUUCUGUGUACAGAUUAAAGAAAUAGGCCCUGUCUCACACCCUUUCCGAUGGGGAACAAAUCAGUUUCUCCAUAUUCUGUCCUUACUGUAGCCUCUUAUCCAGAGUAUAGGUUGCGCAUCAGGACAAUCAGAUGCUGUGGCACCCCCAUUUCUGUGAAAGCAUUCCAUAGUUUUUCAUGAUCUAUACAGUCAAAGGCUUUGCUGUAAUCUAUGAAGCACAGGAUGAUUUUCUUCUGAAAUUCCUUGCUCCGUUCCAUUAUCCAACAUAUGUUUGCAAUAUGAUCUCUGGUGCCUCUUCCCUUUCUAAAUCCAGCUUGGACAUCUGGCAUUUCUUGCUCCAUAUAUGGUAAGAGCCUUUGUUGUAGAAUCUUGAGCAUUACUUUACUUGCAUGGGAUAUUAAGGCAAUACUUAAGUAAUUACUGCAUUCCCUGGGAUCCCCUUUCUUUGCAAUUGGGAUAUAUAUUGAACGCUUCCAGUCUAUGGGCCAUUGUUUAGUUUUCCAUAUUUCUUGACAAAUUUUUGUCAAAAUUUGGACAGAUUCAGUCUCAGUAGCUUGUAGCAACUCUACUGGUAUGCCAUCUGUUGCUGGCGAUUUGUUUCUUCCAAGUAUUUUGAGAGCAGCUUUUACCUCACAUUCUAAAAUUUCUGGUUCUUCAUCAUACGGUUCCUCUGUGAAUGAAUCUGUCAUCCUGGCAUCUUUUUCUAUAGAGUUCUUCAGAGUAUUGCUUCCAUCUUCCUUUUAGUUCAGCUUGGUUAGUCAGUGUGUUCCCCUGUUGAUUAUUCAACAUCCUUAUUUGUGGUUUAAAUUUCCCUUUAAUUUCUCUAAUCUUUUGGAAUAGGCUCUUGUUCUUCCCUUUUGUUGUCCUCUUCUAUUUCUAUACAAUAACUAUUGUAAUAGUUUUGUUUGUCUCAACGUACUAGUCGCUGUAUUGUUGCAUUUAGGGUUCUGACCGUGUUUUUAUCUCUUUUUGCUUUUGCUUUCCUUCUCUCUUUAACCAUUUUAAGAGUUUCUUCAGUCAUCCAUUGAGGUCUUUCUCCCUUUUUAACUAGAGGUAUUGUCUUUUUGCAUUCUUCCCUGAUCAUGUCUCUGACUUCACUCCAUAGUUCUUCUGGUUCUCUGUCAACUAAGUUUAAAGCCUCAAAUCUGUUCCUUAUUUGAUCUUUAUAUUCUUCUGGGAUGUUAUUUAAAUUGUAUUUUGGCAUUAUGAUUGCUUUGUUCUUCUUUAGCUUUACUCUGAUUUGCGAUACGACCAGUUCAUGAUCUGUACCACAGUCUGCUCCUGGUCUUGUUUUUGCAGAAAGUAUGGAACUUCUCCAUCUUCUGUUGCCAAUUAUAUAAUCAAUUUGAUUCCUAUAUUGACCAUCGGGUGAUGUCCACGUGUACAGUCGUCUUUUCGGUUGCUCAAAAAAUGUUUUUGCAAGAAACAAAUUAUUGGCUUCACAGAAUUCAAUAAGUCUUUCUCCUGGUUCAUUUCUGUCUCCUAAGCCCCAUUUCCCCACAAUUUCUAGUUCUUCUCUGUUCCCUACUUUUGCAUUCCAGUCCCCCAUGAUUAUCAUAUGUUGUGUUGGUUUGUGAUCAAUUUUCUCCUGUACUUCUGCGUAAUAUAUAUGCUAUUUGGACCUUGUCUUCUGUGCUAGACGAGAUGUUUGUGAUCUUGGUGUGGAGGGACUUUCAUUAGUUCCGUUGUCAUGGACAGAUCACUACCUGGUUAGUUUUCAACUCACUACAACUCAGAACCUCCGCAGGGGUGGGGGACCAAUUAGAAUGGUCCGCCCCAGGAGUCUGAUGGAUCCGGAUGGUUUUCUGAUGGCCCUUGGGGAUUUUCCGGUCACCUCGGUAGGUGAUUCUGUCGAAGCCUUGGUCGACCUUUGGAAUGAAGAAAUGACCAGGGCGGUGGACACAAUCGCCCCUAAGCGCCUCCUUUCGCGGAUUGGAACCAAAUCGGCUCCUUGGUUUACUGGAGAACUGGUGAUGGUGAAACGCGAAAGACGGAGACUAGAGCGACGUUGGCGGAAAACUCUGAACGAAUCUGAUCGAACACGGGCUAGAACCUACUUAAAAACCUAUUCCAUAGCAGUGAGGACCCAGAAGAAACUCUUCUUCUCCGCCUCUAUUGCAUCCGCUGAAUCUCGCCCAGCGGAAUUGUUUUGAGUUGUCAAGGGUCUUUUAAAUUCUGACCCUCAUGAAUAUGUUGACCGCUGUAUAACCCGUUGUCAUGAGUUUGCAUGUUAUUUUGCAAACAAAGUCGCUCAGAUUUGUUCUGACUUAGACGCCAAGAUUAAUACAGUCUCUAUGGAUGUAACUUCAGCUCCUGCUUGCUUAAUUAGAAUGGAUUCUUUUCAGCUUGUUCAACCCGAGGAUGUGGACAGAAUCCUUGGAGAAGUACGUCCCACCACGUGCAUGUUAGAUCCUUGCCCUUCCUGGCUUAUAAAAACUGCCAGAGAGGGACUGGUUAAGUGGGUCAUGGAAGUGAUUAAUGCCUCUUUGGGACAGGGCAGCAUACCGUCCUGCCUAAAGGAGGCAGUAAUAAGACGUUUACUGAAAAAACCUUCCUUGGACCCCCUAUUAUUAGGUAAUUACCGCCCAGUAUCUAAUAUUCCUUUUCUUGGCAAGAUAAUAGAGCGGGUGGUGACUGCUCAGCUCCAGGGAUUUUUGGAUGAGAUGGACUAUCUAGAUCCAGCUCAGUCUGGUUUCAGGCCAGGUUGUGGAACUGAGACGGCCUUGGUCGCCUUGGUGGAUGACCUUCGCAGAGAGCUGGACAGGGGAAGUGUGUCCCUGUUGGUUUUACUGGAUCUCUCAGCUGCUUUCGAUACCAUCGACCAUGGUAUCCUUCUGGGCCGCCUCGCUGGGAUGGGACUUGGAGGCACGGUAAUACCGUGGCUCCGGUCCUUCCUGGAGGAACGAACCCAGAAGGUGGUUAUGGGGGACUCCUGUUCGACCACCUGGCCAUUGACCUAUGGGGUCCCACAGGGUUCAGUUUUGUCCCCCAAGUUAUUUAAUAUCUACAUGAAACCGCUGGGAGAGGUUAUCCGGAGUUUUGGGGUUCUGUGCCACCAAUAUGCAGAUGACACCCAACUCUAGCUCUCCUUUCCACCUGAUGAAACCAAGGAAGCCGUCCAGGUUCUCAACCGAUGCCUGGUAUCAGUGAUGGACUGGAUGGGAGCGAACAAGCUGAAAUUAAAUCCUGACAAGACAGAGGUGCUCCUCGUCAGUCGGAAGGCGGAGCAGGGAAUAGGGAUUCAACUUGUGCUGGAUGGGGUUACACUCCCCCUGAAAUCACAGGUUCGCAGUUUGGGAGUGCUCCUGGACUCGGCUCUGACUCUGGAGGCACAGGUCUCGACUGUGGCUAGGAGUGCUUUCGCUCAAUUAAGAUUGGUGCGCCAACUUCGCCUGUUCCUUGACCAGGCAGACUUGACCAUGGUGACACAUGCCUUAGUUACAUCCCGAUUAGACUACUGUAACGCGCUCUACAUGGGGCUGCCCCUGAAGACUGCUCGGAAACUGAAAUUGGUACAAAGAGCUGCAGCCAGGAUGUUAACUGGGGCGGGAUAUAGAGAACAUACAACCCCGCUGUUGUAUCAGCUCCACUGGUUGCCCAUUUGUUUCCGGGCACAAUUCAAGGUGCUGGUUUUGACCUAUAAAGCCUUAUACGGCUUAGGUCCAGGCUAUCUGUCAGAGCGCCUCUCCCUCUAUGAACCUACUCGGACUUUAAGAUCCUCCAGCGAGACUCUACUUAUUACCCCUUCCUUCCUGCAAGUUCAUCUUGCAGAGACACAGAAUAGGGUUUUUUCGGUGGCCGCCCCUAGACUGUGGAACUCUCUCCCUAUUGAGGUCCGGUUGGCUUCCUCAUUAUCAAAUUUUCAUGCACAGGUGAAGACUGUUCUAUUUAGACGGGCUUUUAACCAAUGUAGUUAGUUUUAACCUAUGUUUAUUUAAUUCCAUUUUAAAUUGCUUAAACUGAAUAUCAUGUUUAUUAAUUAUUGCUGUUUUAAUGUUUUAAUGUAAGCCGCCCUGAGUUCCUCGGAAAAAGGGCGGGGUAUAAAUAUUUUAAAUACAUAAAUAUUUAAAUAAUGACAUUUCAUUGUAAUGGGAAAAACCACAAGAUGGAAUUCUCCCUCCCCCCUGCACGGGGGAAAGGGAGAAUUCCACCUUGUGGUUUUUCCUGUUACAGUGUUGCAAGAACACCUGCACUUGGCUGAUUAUCUCUUCUCCUAAAGAUACAGGAUCAGUCUCAGGCCCUGAACCUGGCAACCCUAGUCAGGAUCCUCUAGUAAAAGGCUUUUGCACAGCAGCCACUAUUAAAGAUAAGGUAAUCCAUUCUGAUUUAAGUAGUUACAGGAGUAGAUCUACCACUAGGGGAAACUUUACAUGUGGGAAAUGUUCAUGCUGCUGCUCCACAAGCAUUACAAGCAAAACAGGACAUUCAUGCUAAAGGUGGAAGUUCAUUUCGAACAGUUUCACCAGCUGUCAAACUAUUACUCAUACCAACACCAUAGGAGCCCCAUUAGCUACGUAUUUUGUAGAUUGUAAACCUACUCCCAUCUCUCAUAAUGUUUUGGGUUUUCAGUUUAAACUCUGUAAAUCCAAACAGACGCAGUGACACAUUUGAGUUAUCCUCCUAAGUAAAAUAUCUGCUUGUAAUUUGAUCUUGAUCAACCAUUUUUUAAAAUUUCUCUGAUGCAUUAUAUAUUUUGAUCUUUCGGGCUCAAGUGGCAGGAAGCCACUUCCUAACUGUUAGAGCCAUAUGACAAUGGAACCAAUUACCUCGAGAGGUAGUGGGCUCUCAGACACUGGAGGCAUUCAAGAGGGAAAUGGACACCCAUCUGUCGGGAAUGCUUUGAUUUGGAAUCGGAGAUGCAUCGUGAUUUUGUCCAGGAUUGCUACUGUCCAAAUGUUCCUGUACCCAGGGCAGGUGCUGGCGUGUUCAGCGGCCCCCUGCAAAUUAUAAAUCGGCGCCCUUACGUUUUAUAUUUUUUUUUGUUCAUUUUUCAAUUCAAAUGUUAUAAAAAAUGUAGCAAGGCAAAUAAGGCCAAAAAUGAAAAUCAUUGUGGAGUAGGAAAAUGUUUUGUGUGAAC